GAGUUUAGUUUGAAAAUUUAAAUCAACAUGAAACUGCUGAUCGUUCUAAUUGCCUUAGUGGGGGCUGUUUUGGCCAGACCCCAAGUAGGAUUUGGACCUCAAGGAGGAUUUGGUGGACCUCAAGGAGGAUAUGGUGGCCCUCAAGGAGGCUUCGGCGGACAAGGAGGAUACGGCGGACAGGGAGGAUACGGUGGACAGGGAGGAUUUGGUGGACCUCAAGGAGGAUUUGGUGGACCUCAAGGAGGAUUCGGCGGACCUCAAGGAGGAUUCGGCGGACAAGGAGGAUACGGCGGACACGGAGGUCACGGCGGUCAGAGAGGAUUCGGCGGACACAACAGCGAAUUUGGUGGUGGAUUUAAUGGACAGCAUCAUGGACAUGGACAUCAUAAUCGUCACGGCUACUAAUUCUCCAAUUUGUUAGCAUUAUAUAAAAAACGUUCCAAAAUAAUAAUAAAGCAAUUUCUUUUCCGCUAUUUUACUUAA